AAGCUUUUGAUGGUGGGGGGGUACCUUGUAACUUGUAAGCACUUAUACCUACCUUCAAUGUUGACAUACAUCAUACUACUUUCUUCAUUCUUAUGCGUCAGUUACCAUUAUCCAGUAUGUAUAACUAUAUCAUAUAUUGGGAACCAUAAGCUUGGAAGACUUGGAACAAUAAGAGUAUCAAUAUCCAAAGCGGAAUCAAAAACCGAAAAUGUCGCUGAGCGACCACCCGAAAGCCUACGGCACCGCCGCCAUCACCGUAGCCUUUGUAGCAGGCGUCGUAUUCACCCUCGGCCUCAAAGACCUGUACCCAGACCUAGAGCGGCGGUUCCAGCAGCGGAGGGGAGCGCGGGGGGUCCAGAGACGAUCCACCGCCACCACCAUAGACCCCGCGCGGCGACGAUCUAGUCUCUUCUGGGGCCCCGUCGAGCUCCAAGACCACGACUCUAGCCGCGACGUCGCGGUUCCCGCAGGCGCCAUGAUCCCGCGGGACGAGGGCAUCAGCGACGGCAUCGAGGGGUGCAUCGGGCGCACGCCGCUGAUCCGGAUCCACAGCCUCUCCGAAGCCACGGGGCGCACCAUCCUCGCCAAGGCCGAGUUCCUCAACGGCGCCGGCAACAGCCCUAAGGACCGCGUCGCCCUCAGCAUGAUCGAGACGGCCGAGGAGCAGGGGCUGCUGCGCCCCGGUCGCGGCGACACCAUCUACGAGGGCACCGUCGGCAGCACGGGGAUCUCGAUCGCGGCGCUGGCGCGGGCCAGGGGCUACCGCGCGCACAUCUGCAUGCCGGACGACCAGAGCCUGGAAAAAUCAGACCUGCUGCACCACCUCGGCGCGACCGUCGAGCGCGUCCCCGUGCAGCCCAUCGCCUCCCCCGACCACUUCGUCAACCUCGCGCGCCGCCGCGCCGCCGAGCACACAUCCCGCGCCACCCCCUCCAACCCCAGCGUCGGCUUCUUCGCCGACCAGUUCGAGUCCCCCGCCAACUACGCCGCGCACCAGCGCACCACCGGCCCCGAGAUCUACCACCAGACGCGCGGCGACCUCGCCGCCUUCGUCGCCGGCGCCGGCACGGGGGGCACCUUGUCCGGCGUCGCGCGGUACCUCAAGCACGACGCCGCGCUCCCGCACGUCCGGAUCGUCCUCGCGGACCCGCCCGGCAGCGGGCUGUACAACAAGAUCCGGCACGGCGUCAUGUACGCGUCGACCGAGAAGGAGGGCACGCGGCGCCGCCAGCAGGUCGACACCAUCGUCGAGGGCGUGGGCAUCAACCGCGUGACGGCGAACCUCGAGGCCGGCCGCGACCUCAUCGACACCGCCGUGCGCGUGUCCGACGCCCAGGCCUGCGCCAUGGCCCGCUGGCUCGUCGAGCACGACGGCAUCUUCUGCGGGAGCAGCAGCGCCGUCAACUGCGUCGCCGCCGUCGUUGCUGCUCUUUCUUUGCCGAGGGGAAGCCAGGUCGUCACCGUGCUGUGCGAUUCGGGCAACAGGCAUCUGAGCAAGUUCUGGAAGAAGGUUGCGGAGAUGGGGUUGGAGAAGGAGAAGGAGGAGGGGGAGGAGGGUGGUGGUGGUGAUAAGGAAGAUCUGUUCACGUUGCUGGGGAUCGAGAGGCCGCGGUGAUGGGAGGGAAGGGAAGGGAAAGGAAGGGGAGGUGCAUAGGCACGGCACACAUACAUAUAUUAUAUUGAUAUACACCAACGAACGGAACAUAUCCACGUCACGAUCUAACAAAAGGGGAAUAAGGGGGUAUGGGAGGGACGAAUCCAUGCAUACA